GGAAUGACGUCACAUUAUUUUUCACAGCCGAGCGAACUACUUUAGCCUAGCUUAACUUGACGUAUUUGACACACGCCCUCGCGUAUUUUUACGACUUUGGUAUCCGUAUCACAACCAUGUUACGCCCCUUACAAUUCAGAAAGACAAUGGAUGAGUAGAAUUGGAAGGAAGACGUAUACGCAGCAGAAGAGAUAAGUCCUCUUCCAAGAUGGCCAGUGAGCUCCAUGAGGCCAUCUUCAUGGCCAAGCAGGAGCGCCACAAGAAUCUCUUCCUCAACUACAGGAAUCUCAACCAUUUCCCCGUGGAGCUGCUCAAAGACGAGGGCUUGCAAUUCCUGGAGAGGCUUUACAUGAAGGGGAACUUGCUCACCACGCUGCCUGACAAUCUUGCACAGAAGCUACCGAAUCUAAUAGAGCUAUAUUUGCAUUCCAACAACAUCGUGAUUAUUCCCGAAGCUAUUGGAAACUUGCCACGGCUGCAGUCACUGGACCUGAGCUGCAACUCCCUGCAUCUGCUCUGCCCGGAGAUUGGACGACUGAGGUCUUUGAGACACCUGCGACUGUCCAACAACCAGCUCAAAAGUCUGCCGCCAGAGAUUGGUGACCUUCAGUUCCUGGAGACUCUGGACGUGUCUAUGAACCUGCUGACAUCGCUCCCCGACCGUCUGCACCGCUGCUCGUCCCUGCAGCACCUGAGUGCCGACCACAACCUGCUGAGCCACGUGCCGCGCCACCUCUGCCGGCUGGCUCGCCUCACCCAGCUCUCCAUGGCCGCCAACAUCCUCACCUUCCUCCCGCUCGAUCUGGGAGGCUCGCGCGAGCUGCAGUUUGUGUUCGUGGACUACAAUGUGGACCUGAAAGGCCUUCCGUCGUACUUGUACAACAAGGUCAUCGGAUGCAGCGGUUGCGGCGUGUCUCCGCCGGGCGACGACCAGGAUGAGGCGCUGAGCGAGGCUCUGUUGGGGCUGCCGGCCGAAGUUAAAGCGGUGGCCUCUGAGGCGGACAACGUGGUCCCCUUGGAGGAGCUGGCCAUGAGAACGCUUCACCGACUCUACCACCAACAAUGGCAUCAUGCCACAGGUGAUGAAGAUGUGAAUUUCCCGCCUUCCAUUCCACUGCCAAAGAGUCUCCUGGAUCUGCUGCACUUCCCUCUGGGUCACUGUCACCGCUGCACUCAAGCCAUGUUCACAGUCAUCUACCCCAAACUCUUCCCGCUGCGACGCACCGCCCUGGCAGCGGUGCACCGCAGGACCACAGUCAGUUUUGUGGCCUACUGCUGUUCCAGCCGCUGCCUUCGGACGUUUAACCUCCAGAGCUGAAGUGGAACCGCCAUGUUGACGGCGUGACUAUUUGGCAACUCAAAUAAGGGACAUGCAGGGCCACAUUGGUCCAGAAUAAGACACGAAGUAAAUCAGCACUUUCAAUCUUUUCGAAAUCUCUUUUUAGCUUCCCGUAUUUUUUUCUUUUCAUUUGCAAAAACAAGUUACCGUAAAGGCGAUCCGGCGGACUCCCGCUCUGGAUCUCCCUGUUGGUCAUGUCUUUUGGAUGCGUUGCGUCUGUUCAUUUCGUGUGGUACAAUGACACUGAAGCUAUUAUAAAUCUGAGCUAACAAUGCCCCCUUUAAUAUUUUCAAUGUAUUAUAUAAUGAUGUUCAGUCUAUAUUACAUUUGCCAGAGGUUCAAGGUUCUUAAGCGUGUGUGAGUCAAUGUCUAUGACGGGAAGUCGUGCUCGUCUGUGCAUGUGUGCACGCGUGUGUGUGUUAAUACAGCAUGCAACGGACAAGUAAUUUCUUGCCUGUGGGUCAUGCUGGCUGGCUGGCUGGGCGGGGGCGAUGCUGCUCAGCCUGGUGGAGAUAACAUGCUGUGAAAUGUCACGUCAUGACACAAAAGUGAGCAUUUGGGAGUCUGCUGUUUUACAAGUCAGCUUUUCACUGCAUUAAAAAAAUUCUGUUGGUA